UUCUUCACAGUUUUCUCACUAUUAAUUAGUGUCUUCCUCUCGUUGUGCAGUGCACAACGAAACACUACAUUUCAAGUCGGUGUCAUUCUUGAUGCCGAUUCAUUGGUCGGCCGCAUAGGAAUGACCAGCUUGUCUUUAGCUCUUUCCGAUUUUUAUUCAUUUAAUUUAAAUUAUUCAACAAGACUUGUGCUUCAUUCAAGGGAUUCCAGAGGACUAGUCACUGGUGCUGCAGCUAGCGCGCUCAAUUUGUUGAAUGAUGUGCAAGUUGAUGCGAUAAUCGGUCCUCAAACAUCUGCGCAAGCAAACUUUGUGAUUGGUCUUGGAGGUGCGGCAAAAGUGCCGGUCAUUUCUUUCACAGCAACAAGUCCUUCUCUCCGCCCACAAACUCCAUAUUUCGUCCAAACAGCCAUAAACGAUGCUGCUCAAGUUAAUGCUGUCGCUGCCAUAGUUAAGUACUUUCGUUGGUAUCAAGUUGUUUUCGUGUACGAAGAUUCGGAUUAUGGCAAUGGCAUUAUACCUUACUUGUCAAAUGCAUUUCAACAAGUAAACGCUCGAGUUUCGUACAGAAGCGUUAUUCCUGUUUCGGCAAGUGAUGAUUUCAUCCUUCAAGAGAUGUACAAGAUGAAAACCAUGCAGACAAGGGUGUUUGUGGUGCAUGCUUCAAGACCGGUUGCUUCUAGAAUCUUCCUGAAAGCAAAGGAAGCGGAAAUGGUGAGUGAAGGCUACGUGUGGAUCGUGACCAGCGGGCUCAUGGAUUUGUUCUAUUCGUUGGAUUCGAAAGUCGUUGAGUCCAUGCAAGGAGUUGUCGGCGUAAAACCUCUCGUUCCAAGAUCGAGUAAACUCAAUUCCACGACUAUAAGGUGGAAGAAGAAGUUUGCAGAUGAUAAUCCAGGAAUCACUCCACAAGAAGAUAUCAACCUUUAUGGGUUAUGGGCUUAUGAUACACUGUGGGCAUUGGCUAUGGCUGCUGAGAAAACCGGAUUUAAGGAGCCGACUUCUUUGCCAAACACAACUUCUCUCAACUCUACGGAUAUGUUUAUUACAGGAACAUCGCAAACAGGUUCGAAACUUCUUGCAGCAAUGUUGGAAACUAAAUUCGAAGGUCUCGCUGGGAAUUUCAAUUUGGUUAACGGGCAAUUAGAGUCGUCAUCUUUCCAUAUGUUGAAUGUAAACGGAAAUUCGCUGAAAGAAGUUGGAAUAUGGAAACCGUUAUUGCAAAUUUCAAGUCAAAGGAACACGAACCUGACGGGUUUUGUAGGUGAGAAAUUGGAGAAUAUUAUAUGGCCCGGAGGAUCGAGGAAUGUACCAAAGGGUUGGGAGGUUCCGGUAAGUGGUAAGAAGCUUAGAGUCGGAGUUCCUGUAGACAUUGGUUUUGCAGAAUACGUAAAUGUACAAAGGGAUCCUCAAACAAAUGCUACCACAAUCACUGGAUAUUACAUAGAUUUGUUCGAUUCUGUUAUGGCGGCACUACCUUAUUCUGUCCGAUACGAGUAUGCUCCGUUUGAAAAAUCCGACGGAUCAAUUGCCGGGAGCUACGAUGACUUAACCUACCAAGUGUUCAAUGGGGAAUAUGAUGCUGCUGUUGGGGACAUAACAAUCACAGGCACGAGAUCGCAAUACGUUGACUUCACUCUUCAAAUUGAAGAAGGUGGAGUUACGAGGACGCAGAGAAUCGAGUACGAGAAUCCAAACGACCUAUUGUUUUUCUUUAAACCACUAAAACUUGACCUAUGGUUAACUGCCUUAGCCAUGUUGAUUUUAACUGGAGUAGCUCUCUGGAUUCUCGAACAUAGACAUAACGAAGAUUUCAGAGGUUCCCACCAUGCCGGCUUGAUCUUUUACGUUCCGUUCACGUCAUUAGUAUUCGCCUACAGGGAAAAAAUAGUGACGAAUUUAGCUAGAGUGGUUAUAGUGGUGUGGAUAUUCGUGGUGCUGAUAUUGAACUCAACUUACACAGCAAGUCUUUCGGCAAGAUUGACAGCAAUCAAGCUUCUAAAAGUCGACACGGAUGUAACAACGCUCAUCAGAAACGGGGAUUAUGUGGGGUGCAGAGAAGGCACCUACAUUAUCGAGUUCUUGAAAAGGCUUGGAUUCGACGAAUCCAAGAUCAGGACAUACAAACUUCCGGAAGAUUUCGACAUUGCCCUGUCCAAAGGAAGUGGAAACGGAGGCAUAACUGCGUUCUUCGCUCGCACCCCUUACAUGGAACUCUUCUUAACCAGGUACUGCAACAAGUACAUGAAAGUUGGCACCCCGUAUUACACCGAGGGAUUUGCCUUUGCGUUUCCAAAGGGGUCACCGUUGGUCGCUGACGUGUCACGUGCAAUCAUCAAACUGACGGACAAUCACAAGAUUGCGGAAAUAAAGGAACGUUGGAUCAAACAAUCUGCGUGUAGCGAAGACGACUUGCCUAAUAGUUCGUCGGCAAAUAUAGGGUUGAGAAGUUUCACGAUCCUGUUUUCGGCGACGGGGAUCGUCACAGGGUUUUGCCUCGUUUACUACAUGGGGAGCUUUUUUUACAGUAACAAAGCUAAAGUGAAGAAAAUUUGGAACGACGAACCCAAAAAGACGGUUUGGUCAAAAAUCGGAGCAAUAUGCACAUUUUUUGGGAGUCCAGACCCCAAAUAUAUUCGACCUGAUAAGGAAAUGACUUGGUCCAAAUUCCGCGCAGUUUGCAAGUUUUUUUAUGAAACAGACGCCAAAUCUUUUCCACGUCGUGGCGAAGAUGCAGUUCAAGUGGUAAGGAAAAACGCACCGCUGCGUCGGUUAAAUUCAAUGUAGCUAGCUUGUAAACAUAUUCACAGUGUGUGUGUGUGACCAAUUUGGUUUGUUAUAACUGAUGAAUGGAUCCAAGACUUAUACACAAAAAUCCUAAGAAAAGAUGCUCCUUAUUAAUCGGAAAA